CACUGGUCUCUCUAGCCAGUGGUCGCUGGCUGGUGCUCACCAGAACUGCUCCUUCAGGCUCACCAACGCUGGUGACCCUUGCAUCUCGGUCGGCUGUCUGCACUGUUAGUUCUUCUUUUCGUUCUCGCGUUUCUAUACCUUGCCAGUUUCGACUAGGACCGCGUUUUACCCUUGCCUUGACGACGACAUUUCGAUCAACGGCUUUGAGAUCUUCCGUCGCGGGCUUCGUUCCGUGUCGCUCCGUUCCUGACUGCCGUUCGAUCAAGGCUGUUUUCGCUCCCGCUCUUCCAACAGCGUCAGUGACAAGAGAUGGAGGACUUUUGGAAGGAGGCAUUUCCAGUGGGCACAGAGUGGGAUCAAUACGACAAAGUGUACGAAAUCGAGUGGGACUUCUCAAACCUCGAUGAGGCGUUUGACGAAGGGGGGGCCCUGCACAACAAGCGGGUCUACCUCUUCGGCUGCACAGAACCGCAGCUGGUGCACUGGAAGGGGAAGGACAAAGUGGUUCACGUGCCAGCAGUGGUGGCGGUGCUAUCGCCCUUUGCUCCUUCAGACAAGCUGGGCAUCAAGUCGGUGCAGAUGGAGACCGAGAUGAUCGUGCCAAUGCGGGAGAUGAAGAUGGACUGGAUACCCUACAUCCCGGAUGACAGUCGAGGCACGUCCCUAAGGCGGUACCGCUCCGAUAUCUUCACGCUCAAGUGCAUACAAAGAAG